AUGAGUGGGUGUUCUACAGUAGUGACUCUACUGUUAAUGGUUUUUGGAAGCUGGGGAAAGCCAGUUCCUGCUGAUGAUUCAAGUGCUGAAGCGGGAGUAAAAGUGAAUCAUCGGAGACUAAAUGCAACGGUGUACUCCAAAUUCUUCGAAGCCAGUCUGUUACGUGAGUUAGAGCGAGAAAUUUUCUCAAACAAGCUAAAUUUUUAGUGUACGCUCCAGACUCCUGGGUGACGGCGUAUCAGGCGGUAAGUAACGAUCACUACAAUUUAAAUACUUCUUCCUUGAUCCAUCUAAUUUUAUUCUUGUCUAAUUAUCUUCCAGAUCCCCGAAGAUGAAGUUGAAUGUCUCCUCAAACUGACCCAUGAUCCUUCAAAAUUCAAAGCCUUGAGGAACACUGCAGACAUUGAAUUAGUGAAGAAAUUGGUGGCCAAUGGAUGUCCCGAUGGAGCUCAGGCCAUUGGCAAAUUCUUCGAUGCUGCUUCAGCGAGCAUUCAAGCGCUACCUGAGGGUCUGGUUGAGGCGUUGGAAGCGGUAAGAAACCCUAUCCUUUUUUUUUUGAACGACUUAUAAGCAAAGCGCUCAAAAGAGGGACGAUUUCUGAAAGAAUUUGUCACCGAGAUUUGAAAAAAAAAUUGAGUCAUCUUUUUCAGUUCGCUGACAGUGCCAAACAAUUCCAAGACACGGUAAAGGAAGCGCAUCAAGCAGGCUCUCCCAUCUCGAAUAAGACCGUUGACGACUUCAAGAAUGCCUUUACGACUUUCUUAACUCAAUUCAGCGACCUUUCCGAUGCCGAUAAACAAAAAACAGCUGAUACUUUCCCCAAAUUGAAGGCCUUCGUUGUCGGAGACAACGCGAAACAAUUGGGAACUGACAUUUUGGGUUUGAUUUCAAAAAUCGGAGAUGAUUUUAAAGAGGCCGCACAAAAUCCUGAAGUUCAGGUGAGCUUUUGAAGUAAUUUUUAUGCUGUAGAACUACUUUUAGACAGCUCUUCAACAACUUCAGAGCACUUUUAAAACAGUGGUUCAAGAAUAUUUGGCGGAUAAUCAGAAGUAUGUGGAUGAAGCCUCGACUUUGAUCGGGCAUAAUAUCACCAGCGUGUUGAAGGAUGGGAAUAUUGGGAAAUUUGGGCAACAUCAUGGGUCAAGUGUGACGGUCGAUCCAGUUCCAGUGGUAAAAGAGUGUAAGUCAGAUUCGUUGUCACCUGAGUUUUGUAAAAAUUGUCAAGUCAGAUUUUUCGGUUUUAAAGGCGUAAGUCGUGGUUUCGCGAAGGAUCUGCGAGGCAUUUGGAGGGAAACGCAUCCUUGUUUAGAUCGGAAAUGUCCAAAAAAAACUUUUUUCGACUUUAUCAAAUUGUAUGAAUAAACAUAUAAGCUCCCGGAUUCCCCAGGAACAAUUCCAAAAAGUCCCACCGAACACAUCUAAAAGACGAUUCGGAACUCAAGCAUACCUUGAACUGGGAAUAAUAUUCCGAAUAGGCCCUCUCUCUUCCAGCACUCCAUUAUUUUCUUCGCCGGAAAAGAAACGGGUUCAUUUUUAUGCGAGAGAGCGUUUUUUCUCGUUUCUUUUCCACCAAAAGAUAUAACUUGACUCGAGUCAAGUCUUCCCCAAAGCUUUUUUUUAGGUCGUAGUUUAAAACGCGUUUUGCCACACUUUGGAGUUUAGCCUAACAGAGGGCGGACAUUGUUAUAAUCGUUAUCUCAGAAUUUAACCAAAAUCGGUCAACUUGAUCACCAUGGCAGGUAAAACAUUCGCUUUCUUUCUUUUUGCCCAAAAUUACCGUAUGACGGCAUACUGUAACAUUUUUUUUAAAAAAAGAUAUGGCCUAAUCAAGAAAACGAAGCUCUAUUUUAGCACAAAUCGAGUUCAGGUGUAUGUUUUCGACAACUAAGAAUAUUUUUGUAAUUAUGGCCAAAAGCUCAAAAUUACAUCUAAGCAAUGUUUCGCCUGCGGCAACAUACCAUUUCGGGCAUAAAAUUGGCUACUGUAACCAGAUGCACUUUUAAAUACGGUAAAAAGAAACUUCGACCUUCAUCCAAUAACCCAUAAAAAUUUCAAAAAAAUCAAAUAUACAACUUUUGAGAAAAUGGGCAUUCAAUAUCUCAUGUACAAGGUCAUCUGGGCCCGAAAAAAUCUGGCAUUCUUGGGAUUCCAACGGCAUGCACUUUUUCAAAGUUUCUAAUACAUUCUAAGGCUGAUUAAAGAUGAGAUGGCAAGUUUCAGGAGAAAAAAAUAUACAACUUUCGAGAAAUUGACCAAAAUACCUUAUUUUAGGUCAUCAGAACGCCGAAAAAGUCUGGCAUUCUUGGGAUUCCAACGGGAUGCACUUUUUCAAAGUUUCUAAUACAUUCUGAGGCUGAUUAAAGAUGAUAUGGCAAGUUUCAGGAGAAAAAAUAUACAACUUUUGAGAAAUUGACCAAAAUACCUUAUUUUAGGUCAUCAGAACGCCGAAAAAGUCUGGCAUUCUUGGGAUUCCAACGGGAUGCACUUUUUCAAAGUUUCUAAUACAUUCUGAGGCUGAAUAAAGAUGAUACGGCAAGUUUCAGGAGAAAAAAAUAUACAACUUUUGAGAAAUUGACCAAAAUACCUUAUUUUAGGGUCAUCAGAACGCCGAAAAAGUGUGGCAUUCUUGGGAUUCCAGGUUGUAGCACUUUUUGAUAGCCUCUAAUACAUUAUUAGCCUUGUAAACGAUGAUUAUGAAAAUUUCAGGCAAAAAAAAUGCACAACUUUCGAGAAAAUGACCAAAAGACCUUAUUUUAGGUCAUCAGAACCCCGAAAAAACUGGCAUUCUUGGGAUUUGAGGUUGUAGCACUUUUUGAUAGCCUCUAAUCUUUAAUCAGCCUCAGAAUGUAUUAGAAACUCUGAAAAAGUGCAUCCCGUUGGAAUCCUAAGAAUGACAGACUUUUUCGGCGUUCUGAUGACAUAAAAUAAGGUAUUUUGGUCAAUUUCUCGAAAGUUGUAUAUUUUUUCCUCCUGAAACUUGCCAUAUCAUCAUUAUUCAGCCUCAGAAUGUAUUAGAAACUCUGAAAAAGUGCAUCCCGUUGGAAUCCCAAGAAUGCCAGACUUUUUCGGCGUUCUGAUGACCUAAAAUAAGGUAUUUUGGUCAAUUUCUCAAAAGUUGUAUAUUUUUUCUCCUGAAACUUGCCGUAUCAUCUUUAUUCAGCCUCAGAAUGUAUUAGAAACUCUGAAAAAGUGCAUCCCGUUGGAAUCCCAAGAAUGCCAGACUUUUUCGGCGUUCUGAUGACCUAAAAUAAGGUAUUUUGGUCAAUUUCUCAAAAGUUGUAUAUUUUUUUCUCCUGAAACUUGCCGUAUCAUCUUUAUUCAGCCUCAGAAUGUAUUAGAAACUCUGAAAAAGUGCAUCCCGUUGAAAACCUAAGAAUGCCAGACUUUUUCGGCGUUCUGAUGACCUAAAAUAAGGUAUUUUGGUCAAUUUCUCAAAAGUUGUAUAUUUUUUUCUCCUGAAACUUGCCAUAUCAUCUUUAAUCAGCCUCAGAAUGUAUUAGAAACUUUGAAAAAGUGCAUCCCGUUGGAAUCCCAAGAAUGCCAGACUUUUUGGGCGUUCUGAUGACCUAAAAUAAGGUAUUUUGGUCAAUUUCUCGAAAGUUGUAUAUUUUUUUCUCCUGAAACUUGCCAUCUCAUCUUUAAUCAGCCUCAGAAUGUAUUAGAAACUUUGAAAAAGUGCAUCCCGUUGGAAUCCCAAGAAUGCCAGAUUUUUUCGGGCCCAGAUGACCUUGUACAUGAGAUAUUGAAUGCCCAUUUUCUCAAAAGUUGUACAUUUGAUUUUUUUGAAAUUUUUAUGGGUUGUUGGAUGAAGGUUGAAGUUUCUUUUUACCGUAUUUAAAAGUGCAUCUGGUUACAGUAGCCAAUUUUAUGCCCGAAAUGGUAUGUUACCGCAGGCGAAACAUUGCUUAGAUGUAAUUCUGAGCUUUUGGCCAUAAUUACAAAAAUGUUCUACAUGCUCGAAAACAUAAAGUGGUGGUUAGGUCUCACUAAAAUACCGCACCAUAUCUGCAGAAAAGGCAACUCUUUUCUCAGAAAGAAAGUUACAGUAAUCCACCAUAUAACGACUAUGGGCAAAAAAAAUCAAGCGAUUGCUCCAUACCGAUUGGUGAUUCGCUUAACCAAUUUUGGUUGAAUUCUGAGACAUCGACUCAACAAUGUCCGGGCCAAUCUACGAUUUGUAGUAAAACGCGUUUUAAUCAUAAACAUUUUUAGCCGAUGCUCUAACAAAUCCCUGGAGAAGUGGAGGUGAAUCAAUUGGAAAUCUCCCGGCGGCGGAAUCCUCUGAAUUACAGGCCAAUUCAGUCUCCGAUUCUUCGGCUUCGAAGGCUAAAGUUUCGGUGAAAGCAGAGCCUGAGGGCGUUUCGGCUAGUGGCAGCAUUACCCAUAAAAAAUAA